GAGUGCAGCAAAACAAAACUAACAUGCUGUAAUAUUUUUAAAAUGUUGCUUUUGUUGAAUAGUGUUUAGACAUAUCGAAACAGUAAUCGAUAAUUCCAAUCCAUUAGAAUUUUAUCCUUAUAUUUAAAAUUAUUAAACAGACAAAUGUGUGGAAUUUGUUUUUCACUUGUUUUUAAUGAAAGAUCUACUUGUGAUGAACAUCGAAAUCAUGUUUCGGAGAUUUUAUUAGAUAGACUUAAACGACGGGGACCUAAUCAUUUUGAAACCUUAUCAUCUUCAUUUUCCAAUGUUUUGGAUUUGUGCUUCAUAUCAUCAGUUCUACAAUUGAGAGGAUCAUCUCCUUCUUUACAACCUGUUACUGACAGUUUUGGUAACAUUUUAUUAUGGAAUGGAGAAAUAUUUGAUGAAACUUUGGUUAAGGAAUGCCAGUCUGAUACCAAAUUUUUAAGUGAAAAACUAUUCAACUGUACAGGACCCAGUGAUGUUUUGUCUGUUAUAGAAUCAAUCAAAGGACCUUUUGCAUUUGUUUUUUAUCAGAGUAAUGGCUUGCUUUGGUUUGGACGAGAUGUAUUUGGCCGUAGAAGCUUAUUAUGUAGGUCUGAACCUGCAGCAUUUUAUCUCUGUUCAAUUUCUGAUGCUUCAGAUGAGUGGCAAGAAGUCUCAGCAAGAGGUGUAUAUUGUUUGGAUUUAAAGCAGACUAGCACCAAAGAUUCUUUUAUCAUCUAUCUUUAUCCAUGGUCUUCUACUCCAUCAGGAUCAUGUUUGUCUCAGAAUUCAGAUGAAGCUUCAACUGGUGUGAUAUUGACAGUUAAAUCUGAAAAAUCGAUUAAAAAUCCAAUUUCUAAUAUCUUAAAUAAAUCUUUUCCAUCUGAUGACCUUCUGAACCUCUUCAAGUUUCCAGAGGAAAAUAUGAAGAAUAAAAAAUGGAAUGAAGAUUAUAUUUUCAAAGAAUUUUUAGAAAUGUCUGAAAUGAGUGGACCAUUGUUAGAAUUUGAAGAAGUGCUCUCAAAUGCAGUAAAAAAAAGAGUUCAAAACCACCAACACAUUUGUAAAAAAUGUUAUACGCUCAUUAAUGACACACAAAAAUAUUUUUCUUGUGAUCAUGCAUCUGUUGGUGUAUUAUUUUCUGGUGGCCUUGACUCGAUUGUUAUCGCAUGUCUAGCUGAUAGGCAUUUGAAGAGUAAUGAACCUAUUGAUUUACUUAAUGUUGCAUUUGCUAGCAACAUGAAUUUAAAAAAGUUAACUGCAGCUAAUAAACUUUCAGCUUAUGAAACACCUGACAGAAUUACUGGAAGAAAUGGUGCCAUGGCAUUGCGUAAGAUUUGUCCGAACAGGAUUUGGAAUUUUGUUGAAGUUAACAUAACAGAAGAAGAUUUAAUAAAUGAGAGGAGAGACACUAUUAGUCAUCUUCUUAGACCUUCGUACACUGUUUUAGAUGAUAGCAUUGGUUGUGCUCUAUGGUUUGCUUCUCAUGGGAAAGGUAUUUUGGCUUCAGAUAAAGGCUGCGAAAAUUACAGUUCCCCUGUUAGGGUCUUGCUUGUCGGCAUGGGAGCUGAUGAACAACUUGGAGGCUAUUCUAGACAUAGAGCUAAAUUCAAUUCUUUUGGUUGGCCUGGUUUGAUUGAGGAAUUGACAUUAGAAUUGGACAGAAUAAGUUCAAGAAAUUUAGGAAGGGAUGAUAGGAUUAUUGCUGAUAAUGGUAUUGAAUCUCGAUAUCCAUUCCUUGAUGAAGAUGUUGUUUCAUUUUUAAAUAGUCUUCCAGUGUGGUUAAAGAUGAAUUUGAAUUAUCCGAGAGGAAUAGGUGAAAAAUUGCUUCUACGACUUUUAGCGUUUAAACUUGGUUUACAUGAAGCGGCUGCUCUGCCGAAACGAGCUAUACAGUUUGGCUCUCGUAUAGCUCGGAUAGAAAAUUCAAAAGAAAAAGGAUCAGACGUCUGUGAAAGAUUGAAAAAUUUAUGAUAAUUCAUGUAAAUAAAGUUUUUAUAUUUUUAAAUAUAUAUAUA